AGGAUGUAGUCCACCUGAGUACUCCUACCUCCACUUCUGUAUGUCACUCAAAAUAAUCUGAACUCACUAAUUGGUGGAAAAUCUGAAUGGAAUGAUUCUGAUCCAGAUCUCAGUCCAUCCGUCCUCCCUGCCAUCAUUUCCAGGAUUCAAUGAAUGAACUCCAGACUCAACAGCUUAAAGCAAAUAACUAGAAAAAGAGACAAAUCAGCCAGUUUUUGAGGUGAACUGAUCCAAAAGAUUCGGCUCCCUAAAGCUGUGAAUCCCAUGACUUCAGACAGUUCUGACCCCCCAGGAAAGACCGGAGGCAGAAGAUGAGCAGUUCUCUGUGUUUCAGGCGGAUCCCGGGUGGAGGAGGUGAUGAUGAGGAUGGAGUCUCUGAGGGACAACGUCACCUCAGACACGUCCUUCAUCUUCGUCAGUGGUUUCAGUGAGCUGGGGCCGCUGAGGCUCGUCUUCCUCAUCUUCCUCAUGUUACUGGUGUCCCUGUUGGCUAACUGCCUGCUGCUCUUCGUCAUCGUUUGGGGGUGGAGCCUCCACACGCCCAUGUGCGUCCUCAUCGCCUGCAUGGCGUGCGUGGACCUGAGAGUCCCGCUCUUCUUCUUCCCUGACGUUCUGCUCCCCAGCAGGUGGACUUCUCUCAGCAGGUGCCUUCUUCAGAUGUUCUUCCUUCACUUCUUCGGUUCCUGUCAGUCCACGCUGCUGUUCUGGAUGGCGCUGGACCGCUACUUGGCCAUCUGCAGGCCGCUGUCCUACCACCAGCACAUGUCUCCGCGCCGGUUCCUGAGGUUGGCGGUUCCUCUGCUGCUCAGGAACCUGCUCAUGGUCUCGGCGGUGGUGAACCUGGCAGCGUCUCUGUCUUACUGCUUCAGGAACGUGAUCCGGCACUGCGUCUGCGAGCACAUGGCGCUGGUGGAGCUGGCCUGUGGGAGCACCGCCGUCAACAGCCUGGUGGGGCUGACGGCGGUGCUCCUCAUCAGCGUGCUGGACUUCCUCCUCAUCAUCGCGUCGUACGUGGUCAUAUUCUGCUCGGUGCUGCGUCCAGGAAGAGCCGGUUCCAGAGCCCUCCACACCUGCACCACCCACAUCAUGGUGAUCUCCGUGACGCUGACCUCCGUCCUGGCGGCCUUCAUGUCUUAUCGGGCCAGAGACCGCCUCUCAGCACCGGCUCGGAUAGCUGUCAGCACCCUCUACCAGUUUCUGCCCAGCUGCUUCAACCCCAUCAUUUACGGAGUCAGAACCUCUGAGAUCAGACGACGCUGUGGCGCGCCGUCCACGAGUCAUCCCAGCAGACCUGAGGCCCGUGGGGGGCAGCUCCCCCCCCGUGGGGGGUACUGGACCCUUGGCAACGGUGGCCAUGUCCCCUGGGUGCUGGUUUCCUGGGCCCGGCGGUCCUCUCCCCACGCAGGGAGGGGGAUCCCUGAGCCUUCUGGCGAGGCCAGAAGCCGGGGAUCAUAUCACACCUGA